CCGAUACAAAAGCACCUCCCUCUGGAACGUUGAUGCACAACUCUACUGUCCACUGGCUGAAGAGACGCUCACAGAGUCCAGAGAGCAUAUUUCUGUGGAUUCCCCUGACACUGUCCAUUCUGAUUCUACCAUGAUGUCACUUGCUCUUGAGGAGACUGUGACCUCUUUGGAGGUCAGACUGCGAGCUAGUGAGAAGACAGUGGAGGACCAGAGAGGCAUUAUUAAGGAGCUGAAGGAGAAGCAGGCCGAACAGGCUGCCGUGCUGAAGGAGCUGAAGAAGGAGCAAGAGGAGAGGAGGGUGUCUUUCUCCGCCUCCCUGCGAGAGCUAGGUGAUGCUGGGAGCAUGGGGCCUGAUGAAGAAGAAAGCACUCUCAUCUAUCAGCAUGUUAUAACCAAUAUCGGUGGCGCCUACAACCCCAACACAGGUGUGUUCAAAGCUCCGGUCAAGGGCGUCUACCAAUUCACCGUAUUCGCUCUGGGUCAAGGCCACGGGUCUACUGGUACUGGAGUCUGUCUCCAUAGAAACGGAGAGCACGUUGUGACAGCAUGGAGUCGGCAGCCGAGCGACAGGGUCUCCGCAUCCAACGGGACAUCUUUGCUUCUAGAAGAGGGCGACGAGGUGUGUGUGAAGCUCUGGCCCAACUCCUGGGUGUAUGAUAACGACAACCAUCUCACCACCUUUUCUGGGCACCUGCUCUUCCCCAUGUGAAUCCGUCUGGGCACCUGCUCUUUCCCAUGUGAAUCCGUCUGAUGGGAGUCUCGGUUUCUCAAAAGCUUCAGUCCCGAUAAGGGCAAACAAAGUCUUAAGCAAAGUUGCAAAGUCUUAAGCAAUAGGUUUAUCACUCUUAAUAGAUAGCAGAAAACUACCAACUGACUUUAAAACAUGUACAUCUUUUUUUUUUCUCACCACAAAUGCCACCUGUUUAGUUGAGUUUUCUCAUAGAUCUCCAUU